UGGCGCUUCACUGCUAGUGCUAGUGUGUGACAUGUAAUCAUUGACCUCAGUCAACGUUGACCAUAUUCGACCAUGCAUCUAGCUAUCGGAAAGUGUUGGUAUCGAUAUCAGCGAUGCUGGUGUUGUAUCAACGAGACGGUGGCGCGUCAAGAGGGAGACGAAUGAGUACAGUGCGGAGGAAUACGUUCAAACGUGGAGGAGCCAUCAGACUUGCGUCCCCGCCUCCAAGCAAGCGGCCCGAGCUCGCCCAGACGCCCAUUUGCUCUCCGCCAGACAGCCAACCUCACGCAAGUGCACCUCAACCACCCAUGUUGCGUCUAGGAUCUCGGAUUACCUGCCAAGCGAUCCUCUCCGGGAGAUGCUACUGUCGCUGUCAUCGCUUGAAAUGGAGCUGGAGGCUUUGCCUGUGCCGUCAGACUUUGACAGCCAAGCCUAGGUCCCAUUCGCAUACCAGCGUGUCUGGCCACGCAAGAGACGGACGGACGGACGGACGGACGGACGGACGGAGCAGCUUCUCUGACCGAUUCCAAGUCAAGUCAGAAGAGCCUUGUUACGCCCACCAUUCAGUCGUCUGCCGUCCCUUCUGGCCCGCUUUCGUAAUGCUGCCCAAAAAGGUGACCCUCUACCCGCAGGAGAGAAACUACAAGGCCUUCCUCCACAUGCUGAUGGAGUGCUGGUCGGGCCGCGUGGACGCUCUGCUCCGAGAGAUGCGGGACACCAGGGACCACUUGCGAUCCGCCAGGGACGAGCUGGCGGAGGUGAAAAAGCAGCUGGUCCGCUCCGACGAGCAGGCGCAGAGCCUGGCCGGGAGCCUGGCCGGGAGCCUGGCCGGGGGCCUGGCGGCGCUGCGGACCGCGCUGGACGGCCUGAGCGGCAAAAGCGCAGGAGCGGAACACAAGCAGCGGAAAGGAGGGGGGCGCUUACGACAAAGCGGCCUCGGCGGCAAAACAAAAAGCGAACCCAAAGCGCUGAAGCUGGUGACGGACCUCACCGAUAUCUGCUUUGAGGGACUUAAGGCUGAACAACUAACAGAGGAGCAGAUUGCCGAGUUCAAGGAGGCCUUCUCCCUGUUCGACAAGGACGGAGACGGAACCAUCACCACAAAGGAGCUGGGCACGGUCAUGAGGUCGCUAGGGCAGAACCCCACAGAGGCCGAACUCCAGGACAUGAUCAACGAGGUGGAUGCCGACGGCAACGGGACGAUCGACUUUCCCGAGUUCUUGACGAUGAUGGCCAGGAAGAUGAAGGACACCGACAGCGAGGAGGAGAUCAGGGAGGCAUUCAGGGUCUUUGACAAGGACGGCAACGGCUACAUCAGCGCGGCGGAGCUGCGUCACGUGAUGACCAAUCUGGGCGAAAAGCUGACGGACGAGGAAGUGGACGAGAUGAUUCGGGAAGCGGACACGGACGGAGACGGCCAGGUCAACUACGACGAAUUUGUUCAGAUGAUGACCAGCAGAUGAAGCGCAAUCAGCAAAAAUCCACUUGUACUCAAACACUUCCGAUUAAGCAUUUUGCCAAUCAAUGUUGGCACACGUCCAUAUUUAACCGGCUCUAAAAACGAAAGCAAUGCAUGAAAGGAAGGGCCUUGUACUUCCGCCUGCCCGCCUGCCUGCUUUUCUUCACACCUCCUGUUGAUUUUCUUUGUCGUCUCGGUGACCGAGGCUUUCCAAACGCUAGUGGCCGGAAACUUGGAGGACUUGGGCCGCAUGCACAUGAGUCAUGUUGGGAAAGGAAUUGGGGUGUAGCUCUUUACCUUACCUGAUGCUUUUCCAAGUGUGGCCGAGGUGUCACUUGUUGUGUUCCGUCUGUCAUAAUCACGAAAGCAUGUGGGGCGGGAAACUUUCUAAUUCGGGUUCACUUUUCAAGGGCAGUCGUGGGCUUUCCAUCCAAAUGUUUUGAACCUUUUUCAUGAAAUCAUUCUAGAUACCAAAUACAUUCGAGAGGAGAGGAGACUGCGCCAUAAGAUGACAUCAUAGGAGCGGACUGUCAGCUGCCUGUCAGUCCAAUCGAUUAGGGGCUUUUCAUUUGUAGUCUUUCCAUUUCGUUUCACAAUUGUUCAAAAUAGGUGGAUGGAAACAAACCCACCGUGUGCGCUAUUUCUAUCUUAAGGUGUAUGAGUAUGAAUGUAUGCUCGUGUGUGUAUGUAUUUGCCCGGUCCAACUGUUCUGUUUCAUUCAGUUGAUGAUCUGCAUUCCAAGUUGUACAUCCCAGACUUUACAUUGUUUUUCCAAUAAAAUACAUUGAACUGAA